AUGGAGGCCCUUUCAAUUGUUAAUAUUCACCAUUGGUUGGUGUCUUGGUCUUCCAGCAUACCCACCCAGUCCUUGACCAUAAUUAUUACAGUUAUAGUAACGGUUUUUGGCUUGUUCUUAACACCUUUCAUUUUACGGAACUCCAGAAGGAAAUUAAAUAAGAUUUCUGACGAAGAACCGUCCAUAAUUCAGAACAAUUCUAAAAAUGUUGUUAUUAGAAAUAAACAACUUCGAAUUGUCCAUAUUCCUCAUGAACUUGGUGAAAAUGUUCCUUUAAUAGUAUUUAUUCAUGGACUUGGUGGUCAGGCUACACAAUGGGAAUAUCAAUUAGAAUAUUUUUCUUCUACCGCCAAUGUAUUAGCAAUAGAUUUAAUUGGUUGUGGCAAGAGUGAAGUAUCGAACAGAAGGGAAGAUUAUAAUUCUGAAUCCUUAGUGAAUUAUCUUGAAGAACUUUUAAAAAGUUUUUCAAGCAAGAAUAUUGUUUUGAUUUGUCAUUCUUAUGGUUGUUGCAUUGGUGCAUUUUUGUAUCAACGCAUUAAAAGUUCCGUUAAAGCCAUGACUUUUAUUUCCGUCAAAGCAAAAAGAACCGAAAGUGAAAUGACAAAACAAAAAAUCAUUUUGUUCUUGCCCGAUUUUUUGUUCGAUCUAUUUAGGGUUUCAGAUCGUCGUGGAGGAAUUUAUUCUGAUAGUGUAAAUAGAAUGUUACACAAGGACGCAAGUGUUUUAUUAAGAACUAAACAAUUUAAAUGGAAUAAACAAUCAAAAACAUUUGUUUGGAAAAGAAUGUUGGGAGGAGCGAAAUGGAUCACUAAAGAAGAUAUCAGUGAGAUUGAGUGUCCAUUAUUGUUAUUGUCAGGACGAGAUGACAAAAUUUGUUCACAAAGUGACAUGGUGGUUAUUCACGAAUGGUGUAAGUCACCUAAUACUCCUGCACCUUUUUUGAUCCCUCAAGCAGGGCAUAACCCGAUCCUAGAAAAUCCUGAUCUGGUUAAUUUGAUUAUCAACGACUUUCUCAUUAAGGAAUGCGGUUUAGAAACCAUGGAUCCCGGUUGGCAGAUCUUAAAUAAAACCAAAGGCGAAAAUAAAUGGUCUAUGAAGAACUAUCAAAAGUGGAAACGAGCCCCAAUAAUAUCUGCUCGUCCUGUGAAUCAUACUAAGUUUAGACCCAUGAAGGUCAUGCGACAAAAUGAUGAUGAACAUUGUCCCGCAACUUUUAUCGCUCAACACCCGGAGAUAGGAUUUAUUAUUGAUAUAACCAAAGAUCAGCCGCCUUAUCGUCCAGGUGAUUUUGAGAAUUCACAUAUUACUUAUAUAAAACAUAGCACAACAAGUAAAAUACCUCCUUCACGAUAUGAAGUGAAGCAAUUUAUGAAGGUUGCGAAUGAUGCGUGGAGCAAAAAGCCCAAUAAACAAAUUGCUGUUCAUUGUCAUUAUGGUUUCAAUCGCACUGGGUUUAUGAUUUGUUGUUAUAUGAUUGAAGAAUUACAUAUAUCAGUUGCCGAUGCCAUUCACUAUUUUGAAGAAGCGAGAAGUCCAAAGGAACUCUUUCUACGAUACGAGCCUCCGCCUCGCCUUGAUUCUUAUCAGGAAACUCAUUCCGAAAAUUCAUCUGGAUCUGAUUGUUAG